CUCCUUGUGUGUUAUAUAGUGCAAGAUUUAUGGUAGCAUCGCACUUAAUAAGAAUUUCGUGAUAAAUCUAACUUGAACAGUGGAGAUGCUUGGCAUGAAUUUUGUAUAUCUCCAUGUCCUUUACAAAUUUGGAGAUAGAUCGUGGUUUCCAGUUGAUAGGUGGCAAUAGGAGGGGUGCUUUUAUAAAUUAAUCUAAUGGAAGGUCUCUUUUGCAAUCUAUUAACAACUAAUUUUCCAAUUGCUUAUAACUGUGAAAACGAUCACCCCAAUAUUAAUGUUCCGUUUUUAAGUUAUUUUUAAGCGAAACAAGUUGAUUCUUAAAAAAUCUAUGGCGUUUGAAGGAGGUUUUGGCUUUUCGAAACUUCUAUACCAAAAUUAGUUGACUAAGCAUACAAAGAGCUUAUCUUAUUGUUUUAUUUUUCUUUUUUAGGUGCAAAUCCGUUGUUGUUAAACAACUUUUAAAGCUCAAAACAAACACUUUGAAACUUGUAAAUAACGCUUUAAUUUAUUUAUGGCUCAUGGAUAAUGUGUUUGUUAGAAUCUACUACAGGAGGUGUAUCUGACAAUUACCAGCGUAAGACUCGCGGAAGCAAGUUCAUGUCAAGAUGGAGAAAUUGCUAAAAUUAAAGAAGCAUUGAGCGAGGUGAGGAAAAUACAUGGACUGGUUUAUAAUGAUACUGAAACUUGGACUAGUUCUGGAGAAAUACUAAGUUCUCGUUGGGGUGAAGAUUUUAUUCGGAAGGGACAAGGGGUAGUUGGGAGAGCAUUCUCAUCCAAAAGUGCAUGCUUUUGUAGGGAUGUUAGACAGUUAAGCAUAACAGAGUACCCUUUGGUAGUCCAGGCACGAUACUUGAAGAGAUCUGCCUGUUUUGCAGUUUGUUUGCAGAGCCCUUGCCUAAAAAAUUGCAUUUACGUUCUGGAGUUCUUUUUACCUAUGUGUGAAGAAGAUCCUAGGACAUUGUUGAACAGCCUAAUGGAGACAUUGAAAGAACGCCUCGGAAGUUCUUUUAAAAUUGCUUCGGGACAAGAAUUGGGGCAGAAAUUGACUGUUGAGGUUAUAAAGGUCUCUCCAGAGGAUAAAUCUGAUUUUUUUGAAAUCUGCAAUACUACUAGUAGUGAGUCUACACCCGGGCUUGUAGAAGUACAAGAGGGAGCAGGAAUGGCGCAACUUGAUUUCUCAUCUCAACAAGUUGAUGCCGCAAAUGGUUCUAUGAAUGGUAUCCAUGAACAGCAGAAUGGAAGUGUUGGAUCUACACCUAGGCUUGCAAAAGCACAAGGAGGAGAAGGAAUGACGCAAGUUGAUUUCCCACCUCAGCAAGUUGAUACUACAAGUGCUUAUAUGAAUGGUGUCCAUGGGCAGCAGAGUGGAAUUUCUGGAUCUCCACCUAGAACAGAGCACACGCAAGAAUUAACGGUAGGAGUUGAUGUUGCACACAAUUCUCUGAAUGGCAUUUAUGAACAGAACAAUGGAAUUGUUGAAAGCCCACAUAGACAGGAGCUCCCGCAGAACAUAGAAAACAUAGCGCAUGAUGAAGGAAAUAUGGAAAUCGAUGUGGCAAAUCCUGAAAGAGGUGGUGCUAGCAUAGAACCAAGAGACAGUGAAGUGAUUAACACAAAAAAGCAAAAGUCAAGUUAUACUUUAAAAAGCGAACUUGGAAUUACUCGUGAGGUUCUUGAACAAAAUUCUUGGAGGAGUCUUUUGGAUGCUGCAGAAGUUCUUGGAGUUAGUCGAUCUACAUUGAAGCGUAUAUGUAGGGACUUCGGUAUUAACAGAUGGCCACCUCGUAAGGCAAGAAAGGUUAAUCAAGCCUCUGCUGAACAGAGAGUUGUUCAGCCUUCUACUGAAAAUACUGAAGAAGGCCACCGCCCAGAUACAACAAGGCUAGAAGAUGAUAGUAGCAUCUGGGUGAAGGCAGAAUAUCAAGGAGACACCAUGAAGUUUAGACUUCCAUUGUCAGCCCAUAAAUUCAACUUGGAGGAGAAAGUUGCACAACGAUUGAAUCUACCGAUUGGAAGUUUUAAAAUUCAGUAUCAGGAUGAAGAGGAUGAAUGGAUUUGGAUAGCCUGUGAUGAAGAUUUGAGUACCUGUACGAGCACGUUAAGCUCACUAGGUAGGACAACAAUUAGAUUGUUGGUCAGGUGAUAGCAUAUUUAUGAGCCUUUGUAUAAUUAAUCUAUUUUUAAGCCUAUGGUGUGGCAACUAGAUUAUUAUCAUUAUCGCACUUGCCUCGUUUGAGUUAACAUUUAUUUAUUUUUUACUGAUCAGCCAA